GUGCAAUUUUUCGGCAAUCGAGCACAGAAGCCAAACAGCAACCAGGCAGCUUUUGAUGAAAACUGCAAAACAUACAAAGACGGCGUUGACUGUUUGAUUGACUACUCAAACAAGUGCCUUGAAGCACAACCCGCUGCCUUGGCAAAGAGCAUCAUGAAAAGCGUCAAGGACCACUACAAUAAACGAUGCAAUGACCCAGACUACAGUAAAGACUUUAUAGAGCAUAAUAAGUGCUUUGAAGACCCGGCCAUUUUUGAGCAGUUCCACCAGUGCGAAGACAAGUGGUUCCACCGAAUGCAAGAGUUGCUGAAACUGAAGGUCGACGUAGAGAAAGGCAUCCAGUCAACUUGCUGUAUCUUCCACGAGUUCCAGCGAUGCAUCAGCGAACAGAACACCAACCUGUGUCACGAUAAAAAUGCCCGAUUCUGGGACGAUACACUGGAUGAGGUGAGCGAUGACACGGUGAACAUCUUCUGCGCCCAGUUGAAGACGUCAGAGCAGUGCUCCAAAAACUUUCCCGCUGACAUGUGGAAACAGAUCGACGAACCAGUGAAGGGCAUGGACGCUGAGGCGCUAAAGCAGAGAACAG